GACCAGUGUUUUGAGUGUGAGUGAGAACCAAAUCAGUUGAUGGGACGGUUCGGAGCGCUCCGGUAGACCUUUGGACUCCAGCUUUGUGAUUUGGACCUGCAGGUGGAACCGCUGGUGGACCGGAAGCCGCCCUAACCAGCUACCGCUGAGAUGGGUAUGUGGCUACGCUGGUGUGGAGCAGCCCUUUUGGCUGUGACCUUCUGCUGCCUGCCUCUCUGCUCUUCCCUUAACUUAGAGGAUCCAAACGUUUGCAGUCACUGGGAAAGUUACACGGUGACGGUGAAGGAGUCGUACGCUCACCAGUAUGACCAGGUUUACUACACCAGCUGUACGGACAUUCUCAACUGGUUCAAGUGCACCAGACAGAGGGUGAGCUACCGGAUUGCGUAUCGUAGCGGACAGAAGGUCAUGUACAGGAGAAAGUCCCAGUGUUGUCCAGGCUUCCAUGAGAACGGGGAUAUUUGUGCUCCCUAUUGUGUAGAGAGCUGUGUUCAUGGCCGCUGCUUGGCACCAAACACCUGUCAGUGUGAGCCGGGCUGGGGGGGCUCCAACUGCUCCAGUGCCUGUGACAGUAACCACUGGGGUCCCCACUGCAGUAGCAGAUGUCAGUGCCAGAACGAAGCUCUAUGCAACCCCAUUACUGGAGCCUGUGUCUGCUCCCCUGGAUACAGAGGCUGGCGCUGCGAGAGCCACUGUGAUGAAGGAACCUACGGUAAUGGAUGUCAACAGAAAUGUCAGUGCCAGAAUGGAGCUACCUGUCACCAUGUGACUGGGGAAUGCAAGUGCUCACCAGGAUACACCGGAGCUUUCUGUGAACGCCUAUGUCCUCCAGGGAAACACGGGCAGCAGUGUGAGGAGAGGUGUCCGUGUCAGAAUGGAGGAGUGUGUCAUCAUGUGACUGGAGACUGUUCCUGUCCUGCAGGAUGGACGGGAUCUGUGUGUGGACAGCCCUGUCCAGAAGGACGAUUUGGACUGAAUUGUUCCCAGGAAUGUCAGUGCCACAAUAACGGCCUCUGCUUGUCAACCACUGGACAAUGUCUCUGCAGUCCAGGAUACAUGGGAGACCGGUGUCAGGAGGAGUGUCCAGUUGGUAGCUACGGGUCUGGCUGUUCCCAGACGUGUCGCUGUGAGAAUAACAGCAAGUGUUCCCAUACCAGUGGGCGGUGCCUGUGUGAGCAAGGAUUUAUUGGGGAACGGUGUGACAUCCGCCUGUGUCCUGAAGGCCGUUACGGCCUCCAGUGUGACAGGAAGUGUCCCUGCCACAGUCCAAACACUCGCAGUUGCCACCCAAUGUCAGGGGAGUGCACGUGCCAGCCGGGCUGGGCAGGACUCUACUGCAAUGAGACGUGCACACCGGGGUUUUAUGGCAAAUCCUGCAGUGAAGUGUGCCAGUGCCAGAAUGGUGCCGACUGCCACAGCGUGAGCGGGGAGUGCAUCUGUGCUCCAGGCUUCAUGGGUCCCAGAUGUUCAGUCUCGUGCCCUGCUGGGAAGUUUGGAGCAAACUGCUCAUCCAGCUGUAAAUGUCAGAACAAAGCCGAGUGCUCGCCUGCCGACGGAUCCUGUUUCUGUAAACCAGGUUGGCACGGGGUGGACUGUGGUAUACGCUGUCCCAGUGGCACUUGGGGUCUGGGCUGUAACCUGACCUGUAACUGUGCUAAUGGAGGAGCUUGCAGUGCACUGGAUGGUCGCUGUAGCUGUGCUCCAGGGUGGAGAGGAGACAGGUGCCAGCUUCGCUGCCAGGAGGGGACCUACGGUUUAAACUGUAAGGAACGCUGUGACUGCAGUCAUGCUGCUGGAUGUCACCACUCCACUGGACACUGUCGCUGUCUAGCUGGAUGGACUGGUAUCCACUGUGACAGUGUGUGUACAGAGGGCCGCUGGGGCCCUAACUGUUCCCUCCCAUGUUCCUGUAUGAACGGAGCGUCCUGCUCUCCAGAUGAGGGAACCUGUGAGUGUGCUCCUGGAUUCAGAGGAACCAACUGCCAGAGAAUCUGCUCUCCGGGGUAUUUUGGUCACCGCUGCAGUCAGACCUGUCCUCAGUGUGUCCACAGUAAUGGGCCCUGCCAUCACAUCAUGGGUCAGUGUGACUGUCUGCCUGGAUUCAGGGGGACGCUGUGUAAUGAAGUGUGUCCUGGUGGUCGGUUUGGGAAGCACUGUGCGUGGAGCUGCAGCUGCACCAACAACGGUACCUGUAACCCCAUUGAUGGGUCCUGUCAGUGUUAUCCAGGAUGGAUCGGCAGUGACUGCUCCCAGCCGUGUCCACCGGGUCACUGGGGGCCCAACUGUAUCCACACGUGUAACUGUCACAACGGAGCGCACUGCAGUGCCUAUGACGGAGAAUGUAAAUGCAGCGCUGGAUGGACGGGCCUGUUCUGCACACAACGCUGCCCUCUGGGCUUUCAUGGGAAGGACUGUUCUCAGACCUGCUGGUGCCAGAAUGGAGCCGAUUGUGACCACAUCUCUGGAAAGUGCUCGUGUCGCUCCGGCUUCAUGGGACAAAACUGUGAGCAAAAAUGUCCUCACCGUUCAUACGGGUAUGGCUGCCGCCAGCUCUGCGACUGUCUGAAUAACUCCACGUGUGAUCACAUGACGGGAACAUGUUACUGUAGCCCCGGAUGGAAGGGAGUGCGCUGUGAUCAAGUAGGUGUGGUGGUUGUUGGAAAUCUAAACAGUCUGACCAGUACAGCUAUGCAUGUGGACACCUACCAAAUAGGAGCCAUCACAGGGAUCAUUGUCCUGGUGCUACUGGUGCUUCUUCUCCUGGUCCUUCUCAUCAUUUACAAGAAGAAGCAGAAGGGUAAAGCCUCCACCAUGCCAGCUGUGUACGCUCCAGCUGUGAGGGUCACGGCGGAUUACACAACGGCAGAUGCUCACUCUCCAACCAGUGAGGCCCAUCCAAGCAACUACUUUUCUAACCCCAGUUACCACACCCUACCCCAGUGCAUCAGCCCCUCCCACAUCAGCGGCGGCCUGUAUGGACAGGCCAAUCAUAGUCAUCUGUUUGCAAAUAUGAAGCUUGUGGAUCAUCUUGGUGGUCACACUAGCACUCUACCUGCAGAUUGGAACCAAGGUGACUGCUUCUCUGAACUCGGAGCCUGUGGAGUAAGCAGACCUUACAUGGGGGACCCUUUGAGAGAUGUGCUGCAGGCUACAGCCUAUCAUGGAAGCUCCAUUUCACUUAGCAGCUCUGAAAACCCAUAUGCCACAAUAAAAGACCCUCCGCUGCCAAACUCCAAAAACUCUGAGUGUGGCUACAUGGAAAUGAAAUCACCCAGAAGAGAUUCAGCAUAUGCAGAAAUAAGCAACAGCAGCCACCGGAAUGUCUAUGAAGUUGAACCGACUGUGAACACCAUCCUGCCAUCUGCAGCAAACAGCAGCCAUCUGCUCUACGAUUGACCAACAAACAGCCUAGUGUCCCGUCAGCACCACCUCCUGCCACCCACAGGAAGUCCUCCAUCACAGCUCAGAGAAGAACCGGACUGUAAAUAACAGCUUAGAUCCAAAAAGAAGUCUAGUGCCAGCACUAGAUGGUGUAUAUACUUUAUCUCUACAACAUAUCUUCUGUUUUAUUUUGUAAUCGUUGACAUAUAUUUGUAAUGUAAAUUGACAUUUGGUUGGUAUUUUAAUGAUGUGUUUGGCCUGGUUCAGACCCAGCACCAACGUGUGUCCUGAGUGACUACAUUCUGCCCUAUUUCUCAUCAAGAUAAUGAUAAAUGACCUGCAGUUGCAAAUCGCCUUUCCAAGCCAAAAGACUCCAAAGCACUGUACACUCACCCUUGAUGGUGGUGAGCUACAAUGUAGCCACAGCUGCCCUGGGGCACACUGACAGAGGCAAGGCUCCAGAGCACAGGUGCCACAAGUCUCUUCGACCUCCACCAUCAAGCAAGGAGGAUGAAAUGUCUUGCCCAAGAUUAUAACAGCAGAAUUCCUUGUAGGGAGCUGGGAUUGAUCCGGCAACCCUCCGAUAACUGAGCAACAAACUCCUGAGAGACUGCUGCCCCAAUGUGUAUGUUAGCAGAAAUAAAUUGACCCAUAUGGGUCUGCUGGUGGUUUUGAAAAACUGAUUGCCUGGUGUCCUCACAGGUGGUUUUUGUGUUUUGCUAGGUAAAUGAGCAGCCUACAGCUCACCCAGGUAACAGAACAUCAGGGGUCUCAUUUAUCAAACAUUGCGUAGAAUCCUUACUAAAACCGUACUUAAGCUCAGCAAAAAUAAAUGUACAUACGCCAAGUAGGUUUGUGAUCUAUCAAACAUGGAGUACGCACAGCUGCACGCAAUCUCAGCUUCAUAAAUCAGACACUAUCUAGAAAGGUUCUCAGCUGCAUUUUAGUCACAUCCCGCCCUCACCACACCCACUUACUGCCAUAAAUAGUCAAUGCAAAGUGCCUUGUGGAUCUCAUGCAUAUACAUAAGCCGGCUGUUGCAGCGCUCCGCCAAUGACAUGGCGACCGUAGAUCAAGGCAGUUCAAGGAAGUGCAAUUUCACAGAAGCAGGAAUUGAGGUACUUGUGGGUGAGGUGGAGAAAUGAAAGGAAGUGCUUUUGCAAAACAAAUAAGAGAAAAUCCACGGAGUGGCACAGGGUUGCUGAAGCCGUCAAUGUUGUGAAUUCUUCAGAGAGAUCUGUGGCGGAUAUAAAAAAAAAAAGAAGGUCCAAUCGGGAUUCAAUCCCCAGACUCCAGGGUGAAAGUCACACGCGCUAACCAGUCACCCAAAUGGAGAUCUCCCUUGUACACGUGGCCAGGGCGCAUCAUCAAUCAGGUCAAAGUGACAGGACACACACACACUGUCACAGAUGCAUGACAUUAUGUCUCAAUCUGUCCCCCUGCUGAUAUUCUACAUUCCGUAUUCUGUGCUUCAGGCUGUGUGUGUGUGUGUGUGUGUGUGUGUGUGUGUGUGUGUGUGUGUGUGUGUGUGUGUGUGUGUGUGUGUGUGUGUGUGUGUGUGUGUGUGUGUGCGCAUGUGUUUACGCGUGCGCGUGUGUGUGCAUGUGGGAGGUCUUGUUCUGUGUGAAAACGAAGCAGUACAAGUGAUAAUGCUGCAGGAUUUCAUAAUUUUAUCCUUCUCAGUAGCAGCACUGCAGGUGCUCUCCAUGUCCAAAAUGUGCGUAAGCAAGGUCCUUAGUCAACAUAAAGUUGUGCACAUUUUUCCGCUAAGUUAAUCCCAAAGUUUGCGUGGAAAGUUGCUUAUGCAGUUUUCCGACCCCGUUUUGUGCGUAAGCAAGCUUGAUAAAUGAGGCCCCAGAUUAGUAGGUAGUUCUUCAGUCUGGUUCAGAACAAACACUCGGACAUGUGGGUGCAGUGUGUUCUGAUUCACCUCUGAAUGUGGCACGGGUCUUCAACCCAACCUACAUGUUUCCACUAGCAGAGUUCACUUGUGAUCCCAUUAUCAGUGAUGGAAUGUAAAAAAGUACAAGUACUUGUAAAAAAAAAAAGUACAAAAGUGCAAGUAUUUUUUUGCCGUGCUGAACAUUUUUUCUGUAUCUGUACUUUACUUGAGUAAUUUUCUUGAGGCCUUUUUCCUUUAACUCCACUACAUGUUAAAGCAGUUAUCUGUACUUCUGACUUCACUACAUUUUCUAAAAUGUUUUUUAAAGUACUUUAUCAUGUGUUUUUCAACCCCCACCCCACCCCUGGUUCAAUAGAGACUGGCAGCACACUCCCUUGUCCACACUGGACUGUAUUUCCAAAUAUAAUAGUACUUUAAUUUUCUUUUUUUCCACUUCAGUAGCUCACUUCUACACACACAGUGCAUAUUUAAAUGUUAGUUGAAUACUUUUAAUGUAGUAUAUUUGAAAAGACCUACUUUAAUACUUUUACUUAAGUUAAAAUUUCUUGGAUACUUCCACUUUUACUUUAGUAAUUUUGUACCCCUUUGUACUUUUACUUAAAUAUGCAAAGUAAAUAAAUUACUUGUUCCACCACUGCCAUUACACAGGAUGCAAGUUAAUAAUAGGUCUGAACCAGAUCUGAGGUCCAGUCAGUAAGACCUCUUCCAUGUAGUGUUUCUGUGUCAAGCCUAGAUCACACUGUGUUUUUCAGCUAUCGCAAAUGACUACUUCAUGUCACACAGCUUUACAGAGGUGGAACAACUGACAUGGCCCAAGAUUUCAGUAAGUUCAACUCAUUCACACAGUAAUCCAACUGCACGAUGUCUCACUUUAACCCUCCCACUGUCUUUAUGGGAGACCCUGUGAGGAAAGUUGAUCAUUGAGCAGGAUUUAAGUUUUAUCCCUUUAGGUCCACAUGGCAGGGGUGAGGGGUGCUCACUCCUCCUCACCCUGCUCAAUGGUCAGCUUUCCUCGUGGGGUCACACCCAUUAGGACAGUGAGAGGGCUAACAGGACAUGCUAGGGGUUGUCAAUUGCAGGCAGGGGUUUUAGGUUUUCUGAAAAUGCUUGAAGAGCAUUGGAGGCUUGAUUUAGUCAUGAGAGUACUCAAUCGCUGUCGGUGUGCCGGUCACACUGGAUGGCCAUAGAUUUACAAAUCACUCUCAUGGACAUUAUUUUUUAGUCAUAAUACAAUUUACAUGGAAAGAUUUGUCUAUGAUAGCUGCAAAACGCACAAUGUGAACUGGGCUUUAGUCAGAGACUCCAGACCAACUGAAGCGCUAAAAGAGCUCCUCUGUACAGUUUCUCUCAGGACACGAUCACAUAAAGUUUUAAUGUGAACUGAAAUGUUCAAUCACCAGGUUAUAUGUUGAGUCAUAAAAUGACCUCCUGGGUCAUUGGGUGAGAUCAUCUGACCUUGUUGCUCCACACAGGUAACCUUUAUGACAUAUUCCUGUAAAACCAAUAACAGAGUAAUUAUACACAGAAGCAUGGAUUAAAUCUGUUUUGUAUAUCGAA